UUUUUUUGUGAUCGCGGCGCUCUGGCGCGCACGCAGCAAUGGCCGAGGCGUCGCCGCAGCCGGAGCCGCCCAAGCAGGAGGCAGAGGCACCAGCGCCCGCUCCUGCAGAGGCGCCGGCGCCCGCGCCCGCCGGCGGCGAGGAGGACGACAACGCGCCGGCGCCUGAGGAGGAGGCGAACGUGGAGUUCACGCCGCUGGUCAAGCUGGAUGAGGUGAAGACCACCACGGGGGAGGACGAAGAGGAGGUCCUCUUCAAGAUGCGCGCGAAGCUCUUCCGGUGGGAGUCUGACUCGUGGGAGAAGGAGGUGAAGCUCUGGAAGGAGCGGGGCACGGGUGACGUUCGCUUUCUCCAGCACAAGGAGACCAAGAAGGUCCGCCUGCUCAUGCGUCGCGAGAAGACGAUGAAGAUCUGCGCAAACUUCUUCGUGGUGCCCACAAUAAGCCUCGCCGAGAACGCGGGCUCGGACCGCUCGUGGGUCUGGCAGUGCCACGACUACUCCGAGGGGCGCGACGGCACCACUGAGACGCAGUACUCGACGCUCGCCAUCCGCUUUGCCAACUCCGAGAACGCGCAGAAGUUCAAGGAGGAGUUUGAAAAAGCGAAGGAGGCCAACAAGGCCGCCGGGAUGUCCGGGGAGGCGACGGGCGCCGCCCCAGCCGCUGCUGCUCCGGAAGAGGCGCCCGCGAAGGAGGCGGCUCCUGCGGCGGACGCGAAGGAGUAGGUGCUCUCCGAAGCACACGCCUCUGUCACGCUGCUGUGGGUGUGUGCCUGGGGGGUCAUAGCGGGAGGCGGGGACGAGGGAGGGACCCUCCGCCCCGCGCUUCAGCGCAUGGUCCCCUCAACGGCUCUCUAUACGACGCGACUACGUCAACGCGAUCAUCGUCACCGCCCCCUGCGCGUGCCCCGCUCGCCGCUGUCCACACACUCAGCGGCACGCGGGGGAGCGCGCUCUCCUCGCGCUCUACUACUCUACGCGCUCGCGGACACGCUCAGCCCUCUCGCUCUCCACACAUGCACAUGUGUGUGCACAUAUUCGUACCUGUGGGGGGUGUUGUGUGGUAAAGGGUGCGCAGCGUCCUAAUCUAAAAUCUGAGGAUUCAGGAUUCAG